ACGCUCUUGAAGCAGUGCACCACAUCGCGAUCGACGUCUUUUGGUACAUCGCGUUCCGUGGAGUGUUUGACGAAUGUAAACAGUUCACUGCACAGGCUGUCAAGAGGCGAAACUGACAUCCCCACUGGUGCCGAUGGCUCUAAUGAUGAGCCAAGCCAGUGUACGUUACCAAACUCAGAUAUAUACAGGGGUGAUGAAAAUGGUAGUCGGACUGAAGGCACGCUUGGGUUUCCCUUUCGAGGGGGACACUCACUGCCGCAGCCACCAACUGCAGAAACAGCGCCAUCUUUUGUGUCAACUUCGCCAGAGGGCAGUUCAGCAGGCGGCAGGACGAGGAGUGAGGGCCUCCCUCCUGCUGCGAGGCGGCCAGACGGUACGGUGGAAGGCGGACUUCAGGAGCCUUCGACUGAACAGCCUCGGGAAAAUGCAAUACCGCAGGUUGGCGCUACGACCCUGUCAACACACGCAGCAGACGGCGGUGAUGGAGGAGGCACCAUCACGACCACCAGUGGUCCCAGUGGUGGGAGCGACACAAAAAGCAACGACGGUCAGGCACCGCAGAGUGCUCCAUCGCAUGCUCCAGAGAACGUUGGCGGCGUGCCAAUUAGUUCCGCCACGCCCACCAGCGAGAAGCCAAACGCUUCCGCCGAGGAAAAUGUUGCGGACCUCCAAACUGCGGCGGAUGCAGGCAGCGGUCACGAUGCACCCAGCGACGCCACCGCGACACUCACGGAUGGCGCCACUGACAUUUUUGAGCGCAGCACAAGUCAGGCGCCUGGGCAGCCAGGCGUCCCGCCAGCACCCGGCGCGGCAGCGCACUUCAACAACGGCUCUCUUCGUUCAACGAACUUCACAGGGCUGUUGCGGAUGAACACGAGUGGCGACGACACGGUGCGUGGGUGUGUGCCUCGGCUGUUGCUGCCUGCCCUGCUGGGGCUGUGGGGCAUGGCGUGUUUCUUUGCUUAA